ACCCAGAAAGCUUAUCUCCAACGCCGUUUGUCUCUCUGAACAAAAAAAAAAUCAUCCGCGUAUUAGAUCCGUUCGAAUCUGUGAUUAUGGAGAUGGAGCGAGUUCACGAGUUUCCUCAUACACACAUGGAUCGCCGUCCUCGCAAGAGAGCUCGUCUCGGCUGGGACGUGUUGCCUCCUGCGCCUAAGGCUCAGGUAGGAAUGUUUUGUGGGCAAGAGAUUGGGAAUAUGUCAAGCUUUGGAGCUCCUUCAGAGAUUAGUAGCUCUUCUCUUUCUGUUAAGACUCUGGCUCGUAACGAUUCUCCUCCCUGGCGUGAAGAUGAUAAGGAUGGGCAUUACAUGUUUGAACUCGGAGAUGACUUAACCCCACGCUAUAAAAUAUAUAGCAAGAUGGGCGAAGGUACCUUUGGUCAAGUGUUAGAAUGUUGGGAUAGGGAGAGGAAGGAAAUGGUGGCGGUGAAAAUUGUUCGUGGAGUGAAGAAAUACCGUGAGGCAGCUAUGAUUGAAAUUGAAAUGCUUCAACAGCUUGGUAAACAUGACAAAGGUGGCAAUCGUUGUGUACAAAUUCGGAACUGGUUUGACUAUCGUAACCAUAUAUGUAUCGUAUUUGAGAAGCUUGGAUCAAGUUUAUACGAUUUUCUUCGCAAAAACAAUUAUCGCUCCUUUCCCAUUGAUCUUGUCCGUGAGAUUGGCUGGCAACUCUUGGAAUGUGUAGCAUUUAUGCAUGACUUGCGCAUGAUUCAUACGGAUCUGAAACCAGAAAAUAUUCUGUUAGUCUCCUCAGACUAUGUGAAAAUUCCUGAGUACAAGGGUUCUCGAUUACAGAGGGAUGUUUCCUAUAAACGAGUGCCUAAAUCAAGUGCAAUAAAGGUUAUUGAUUUUGGUAGCACAACUUAUGAGCGACAGGAACAGAGCUACAUUGUAUCAACUAGGCAUUACCGGGCACCAGAAGUCAUUUUAGGCCUGGGCUGGAGUUAUCCGUGUGAUGUUUGGAGCAUUGGAUGUAUUAUAGUGGAACUGUGCACGGGAGAAGCCUUGUUCCAAACACAUGAAAACCUGGAGCAUCUAGCGAUGAUGGAGCGUGUUCUUGGGCCGUUGCCUCAGCAAAUGCUGAAGAAAGUGGACCGACACGCGGAGAAAUAUGUGAGAAGAGGUCGUUUGGAUUGGCCCGAUGGGGCAGCCUCAAGAGACAGCCUGAAAGCAGUAUUGAAGCUUCCCAGGCUUCAGAAUCUGAUAAUGCAACAUGUGGACCAUUCGGCGGGAGAGUUGAUAAACAUGGUGCAAGGGCUGCUUAGGUUUGAUCCGGCGGAAAGAUUAACCGCUCGUGAAGCACUGAGGCAUCCUUUUUUCGCAAGGAGAAGAUGACGACGUGUCCUUGAAUUUGACGAGGAGUGUUGUAUAUAGUGAGAUGUAUGUUUGUAGUAGUAACAACUAGUUGAACCUUUUACCAUAUUGUGUUACGUGACAACCGUCUACGAAUUCUGAUAUUUAUUAAUGAAAACAGAUGCUUUGAAUCACUCUUUUUUGAAGUGAAAAGCGAUUAUUUGUCUAUCAUCUUGUUUCAUA